AUGGCUUCUCCGGCCAAAGGCAGUGACUUGUUUUCGUCAGACGAGGAGGGCCCCGCGAUGCUGGCCGGCCCGGGCCCGGGGCCUGGGGGUGCCGAGGGCGGCGUGGAGGAGCGCAGGGUCAAGGUCUCCAGCCUGCCCUUCAGCGUGGAGGCGCUCAUGUCCGACAAGAAGCCGCACAAGGAGUCACCCGCGGUGCCACCCGACUGCGCCUCGGCUGGCGCUGCCCUGCGGCCGCUGCUGCUGCCGGGACACGGCGUCCGGGAAGCGCACAGUCCCGGGCCUCUCGUCAAGCCCUUUGAGACCGCCUCGGUCAAGUCGGAAAAUUCCGAAGAUGGAGCGGCGUGGAUACAGGAGCCCGGCAGAUAUUCCCCUCCGCCCAGACACAUGAGCCCCACAACCUGCACCCUGAGGAAACACAAGACCAACCGGAAGCCACGCACGCCCUUCACCACCUCCCAGCUUCUAGCCCUGGAGCGCAAGUUCCGCCAGAAACAGUACCUCUCCAUUGCAGAGCGGGCCGAGUUCUCCAGCUCUCUGAACCUUACAGAAACCCAGGUCAAAAUCUGGUUCCAGAACCGAAGGGCUAAGGCGAAAAGACUGCAGGAGGCGGAACUGGAAAAGCUGAAAAUGGCUGCCAAACCUAUGCUGCCCUCAGGCUUCAGUCUGCCCUUCCCCAUCAACUCUCCCCUGCAAGCAGCAUCCAUUUAUGGAGCAUCCUACCCCUUCCAUAGACCUGUGCUUCCCAUCCCGCCUGUUGGACUCUAUGCCACGCCGGUUGGAUAUGGCAUGUAUCAUCUAUCCUAAAGAAGACCAAAUGGAUAGACUCCGGGAUGGAUGUUUGCAUGAAAGCAUUCCCCUCCCUCUCCUAGAAGGUGGUGCCAGUCCAGCUCCUGAACACAAACCUUGCAUCGCCACCCUAAGCCACAGAGUGACUUUGUUAUUUAGGUGAGAGGCACCAAGACCUGUUUUGUUUUCAUAAUCUUCCAGAUGCCCCCCUUUCCUCUCACAAAUAUUGGCUCUGCUAGUUUUUAUGUAUAAAUAUAUAAUAAAAUAUAAGACAUUUUUAUAUGCCAGAUGUAAAAAUUCAAGUUAUUUUGAAAGGCAAAAUUUAUAUAUACAUUUAUCCGUUUUUCUAGAUAGCAUCUUCUUAAGAUACUGUGUUAAGUUUGCUACAUUUUCUUAAAGGGAAAGAGAUUAUUUGCAGAAUUUGCUAGAAUUUGAGAGGAUGGUGGACCUUCUUAUGGAAAGCAUACCAGAAGUAGGCACAGAGCAUAUAAGAAUUAGAUUCAGGUAGAUACUUGCAAAGGAAGG